ACAGCCUUAGCGGUAGUCAUCUUCAGAGUCAAAAGAGGUUCAAACCGGGGUUCAAACGAUUUACUUUGAUCCAGUAACUACUAGCUAUGACCAAAUUAACGGGGUUAGUAGAUAUGGUUGACCCUUAGUACGCAUUCUAGACAACAUUUCUAUGGGUUUCAAGAGCGUAAAGGCCCAUUUCCACUUCAUUCGCAAAUCGCAUGCGAACAUUCGCGUUGCGAAUUUGACAAGUUCGCAAUGUUUGAGUUUUUGCGAAAGUUCGCAUGCGAACCUGCGUGGGCAACCAAUCAGAAAAAGACAAUAACAAACAAAAAUGGCGGCGACAGGAAGAUAGAAUGGACGCCAGAAUUAGUUGAAGCCUUGAUUGAAAAUGUUCGUUCAAACAAAGUCGUUUGGGAUACUAGCAAUGCAAAUUACAAGAACAAAACUGUGCAGGAGUCAACAUGGUUAAAAAUAGCAAGUGAGUGUGGUCUGGAAGGAAAAGCAUCGAGUAUUAAAGCAAAAUGGCACGAUCUAAAAGACACGUAUAGGAAAAAGUUGAAGCUGUUGAUACCAAAAUCUGGUGAUUCUGGUGCUACAAAGAAAGCUACUUGGCAAUGGAUGAGUCAAAUGAGUUUCAUGGAAAAAUUUAGCAUAGUUGAGACGCCAACAUCUAAUUUCUUGACAAUAUAUGAGGAGAAAGUCGCGAGAUAGGCUUGCUGUCAAACGAAACUGAGGCGGACAUAUCUGACUUGUCCCUAACGUUAGAUGAUCCAUAGCCAAACAGCCCAGCUUGCUCUUCAUCAGCAAGUGCCGUUAGUAAUACUGAAAUCUCUAAAGCACCAAAUUUCUCUGGUAAAAGAAGGAAAAGGGAUGAAUCACUCAACCAAGUAGAUUUGGCGAUUUUAUCUGAACUAAACAAAGAUAGGGAUGAUGAGAAUAGUCUGUUCAGGAAAUGCUUGAUUCCACAACUAAGAAGACUGGAGCAUAAAAAGAAAACAUUAAUAAAAUGCCAAAUUCAGCAGCUGCUUUUUCAGGCAGAGUCUGAGUCCGUUUUGAAGAUCAAUGAUUUCUCCUGAAUUGCUCCUGCUAGAUGGAGUAUUCUAGUUAGGUCUUGGCAUGUAAAUGUGCAAAACAUGUACUUGAAAGUUUUGACUGCUCCAUUCAAAGGCAAAUUCACAGCUUAUACACAUACAGUCAAAAAGAACUGCUCAGGUUUUGUUUAGUAAUGUUGAAUAGAUAGCAAUUACCAAAGAGCUGGAUCCACUUGUUAUUGAAUAUACUACCAUUUUUUUCUCAGAAAUUCAAUGUAAUGUUUUGGCGUUUUGUAACAACAAUACCCCUGAUAAACCAUUUUUACUAGUGGGCAGUUCUUUUUGACUGUGUCAAACAAUCAAAUUAAACAGCUAGAAUCCUUUACCAAUUUAAUGAGCUCAUUUUCCUAAUAUUUACAUACUGUUAUAGUUUUGACAAAUUUACAGUAUCUGUGUGUUAUGUGUUUUUUACAAGAUUGGAAACAUUUUGGUUCUGGUCUUUAGCUUUAAAUACUCAACAUCAACAAACAUCAUUUAUUUAUGUACACAUUUUGCCAAGGUAAUGUUCCAGCAGUAUCUGCAUUUCUGUCUUCGCUCAUGUCUGGGCAAUGUUGAUUCAUGGAACAUUAAGAAAUUGUGUAAGGCUACCACAGCUUUGACGAUACCAAUGCAUCGCUCAAGUAUAGCAUCGAUUGGUCGCUUGAAAAUGCGCCAAUCGAUGUGACGAAAGGUUUGUGACGUCAUUUAAGGAACGUAUGAAUGCGCUGCAUACAAAACAACAUAGUGUGAAAUAACAAUUCUUUAUAUAUUGCUUUGAAAUUAAUAUAAUUGUACGAAACAUGUCCACAUCUGAUUCUGAGUCGAGUACAGCAACAACAGUGGAAAAUAUUGAAUUGAACAGUCGGGAAUUCGAUUUAGAAGACGAAGAUCAAUCGUCAUCAAAUGCGCUCCGAAACACCGAUGGCGAUUUUGAGUAUGGCCAAGCUGAAGCGUAUGAAAACGAACCACUUGCAGAUGAAGAGUGGUUAAAAAAGUAUAUUAGAGAAACAGAAGAAGAAAGACGCCAAACAGAAGAGCUCGAACGCAGAAUGCAAAAUGAAGUUCCUCUUGAUUCUUGGUGCCAUUGUGGUAACUGCCGUGUUCCUCUCUUGGUUAAUCCAAAAGAAUGUAGAUGCUGCCACGAAAUUGCCAAUUGCAUGAUUGAAAUGCAAGAUCAUAUGGUGGUAUCCGAAUUAGGAAGGCAGCCAAAAUGCAUAACAGAGCAUCCAGGAUUUGAUGCCAUUUGCCUCAAUCGAUGGGCAUUAAAUUUAGCUGCCAAUCUUUACCAAAGACAAGAUGGAGUUAGAUAUCAUAAAGGAUUCUUGGAGCAAAGGUUUUUUCGAGUUGUUGCAUAUAGACAAUUUACAAGAAUGGUACAUGGCAUUCUUCGAGACAAAAGAAUUCCACUUCCAGCUUGUGCUUACCAUGUUAUUCGAAAAACUUUUAAUUUAAAAAAAAAUGAACACUUUGCAGGGUAUGAAGAGGACAAUUUGUAAAAUAACAUAACAUUAUAUAUUAUUUUAGGCGUUGUUUGCAUGAGCCCAGCUAGUAGGGAUUCAGUGAAGUGUGGAAUGAUUUAAGCCACUCUUGAUUUAUUGCAUCUUCGAUUCACACUUAUACUUGUUAUACAAAACAUACAAAAUUACAAUUCCUUUCUCUUUAUUCUGUCCAUGCAGUCAAUUCACACUUCACUGAAUCCCAGCUAACUGGGCUCAUACCACCAGGUCCUAAAAAACUGGUUACUUUCGGUUUUUUGGACAGUUCAUUAUAUUUUUAUGGCCUUUCAUCCAAUUCUUGCACACAGUGCAUCGAGGUGCUGCUCUCUCAUUUCUCUGAUUAGUGAUUAUUUCUUGGACAGGUGAUACUUCAGCUAUAUCAAACAAUAAAGUGAGUCAGUUCCAAAAA